AUGUUCAGUAAUAUUUUUAAUAAUAUAAGUGCCAGAACUUUAAGAUCUAGUUUAAGAGGGACUACCAGGGUUCUUUCCAAGAGACUAUUGAGUAAUGCUUCUACCAAGACUGUAAACCAAACUAAAUUUCAGAACUUUAAAUGGGCAACUGUUGGGUUAGCUACGGGGUUAACCAUUCUUACAGCCACUUCCACUUAUCAAAAUGCCAAUUCCAGUGAGUUGCAUACCUCUACUCAUUUGAUCAGAAAUGAUUCUGAUGCACAAAAAGAAGGUGAAUUAUCGAACUCGGUUACUGUAUACAAGGAUGUUAGCCCUUUCCCAUUGGUCAUUGACAAUUCUGUUUAUGAAUGUAUCAAAGGAACUUAUGAUAUGUUAGGUUAUGGAAUCAGAACUGUCUACUUUUAUGUGAAAUUUAAAGUUUAUUGUAUGGGUAUUUACAUUUUAGAAGAUGAUAAAGCGAAAGUUGGGGAAGUGUUGAAUUCUAGUUACAUGAGUAAGGCGAUCAUUGGUGCAAAAGAGACUCUAUCACAAAAACAAAAUGUCUUUGAUGCUUUGAACGAUCCUGCAAAAUCGAUGCUUGUUUUGGAAAAUUUGUUAGACAGUAACAUUAGACUGUUGGCUAAAAUUACUCCUGUUAGAAAUACAAGUUUCGCUCAUUUAAGGGAUGGUAUUUCUAAUACUAUCUUGAAUCAUCCAAAUAUUGCAGGUCACGAAGAAGAAGUUCAAGCAGGUGUUCAAGAAUUUAAAGAGUUGAUCGCUGUGAACCAUCAAGUCCUAAGGGAUGACGAUUUAUUCGUGCAAUUGAAUUCCGAUGGAUCGUUGACCUUUUCCCAAUAUUCUCGUAAAAAGAAUAAGUACACAUAUUAUGGUUCAGUUAAAAACCCAAUUGUAGGUAAAUUUUUAUUUUCUCAAUAUUUGGGAGGCCCAAAACCUUUAUGUCAACAGACUAAAGAUAACGUAACAGAAAAAUUAGUAUCAUUAGUUUGA